AUGGGAACAAUUUUGAAUAUUUCACAAGUAUUUUCACACAGUAAUACCAUUGCUUUGUCAGAGGGUCCAGUGCUUGAAGAAGAAGUUCUAUUUCCAUUUCCAAGAUUAUGUCGACUUGAUUAUUUGGAAGGUGAGGUACAAUUCUUGGAUCGUCAUCAUCUGCUAAUCAAGUUUGGGAGUGUUGAUGGAGGGGUGAGGUUUUUUAUACUUUACACUUUAAUCAUGUCAAAGGUAUCACGAAAUGCUGAUCACCAUGCAUCAUUCUUUGCUGUAUAUAACAUGGAGACAACUGAAAUUGUUGCAUUUUACCAGAAUUCAGCAGAUGAGCUUUAUCUCUUGUUUGAGCAGUUGUGUGACCAUUUCUAUGCUACGUCAAGAAAUUUGUCUUACAUGAAUUUCAUAUCAUCACACUCAAAUAACAUUCAUGCUCUCGAGCAAUUUGUGAAGAAGAUGCUGACAUCUUUGCCUUUCAGUUGUCAAUCACUGAGUCCUUCACCAUAUUUUGAUCAAUCUCUCUUUCGGUAUGAUGAAAAGCUAGAGGCAAUGGAUGAUGAUGUUUAUGGUUCUAGGUUUGCAGCAAAAUCUGUCAUUGUUUCUCUUUCCCCAACUUUUUAA